CAGAAACGGCAACUGGUCGGAGUCAAUACAGUUUAUCAUCAGUUUAAAUAGAAAUGUACAGUGAACUGUUGUGUGGAGGAUUCUAAUAUUUGUAGCAGGUAAACUCGAAGCGAGUUGCUUCAGUUACCUGUCAUUUUGCAAUCUUGCCUCUCAUCGCAAUUCAGCUGUCUAUAUGAGGUUUUUCCAGUGUCGAUACGCUGUAUGAAAUUGUUACAUAAAAUUCCAUAUAACUUCAUACGUGCUGCGCAAAAAUGACAUCAUCCAUUGUGUUGAGCAAAGAUGUUCCUGAUAUCGAAGCUAUACUGAGCAUUAAUCCAAAGUCCAAAUAUCAUGCAAUUCUCGUGCCAUCAACGUUGACUAAGCAGAACAAACAGCAUUGGAAAAGAAAUAUCCAUGAAAAAUGUAAUAGUUGCGUAUCUUUGACAAAGAAUUUCGACGAUAUCAAGCAUACUACUUUAAGCGAACGUGGAGCAUUGAGAGAAGCCGCGCGUUGUUUGAAGUGCGUUGAUGCACCUUGUCAAAAAUCCUGUCCCACGCAAUUAGACAUCAAGUCUUUCAUCACUUCUAUCUCCAACAAGAAUUACUAUGGUGCGGCCAAGGCGAUCCUGUCGGACAAUCCUCUCGGACUUACCUGUGGCAUGGUUUGCCCGACCAGUAACCUUUGUGUGGGUGGAUGCAAUUUAUAUGCGACCGAAGAGGGACCCAUCAACAUCGGCGGCCUUCAACACUUUGCAAUGGACGUUUUUAAGCAGAUGAAUAUUCCUCAAAUAAGGAUACCCAAUCAAACAGUACCUCAUGCAAACACAAAAAUCGCUCUGCUCGGUUGUGGACCAGCUUCUCUUUCAUGCGCGACAUUUCUCGCCCGACUCGGUUACAACGAUAUUACGAUCUUUGAGAAAGAAAAAUAUAUAGGCGGAUUAAGUUCCUCCGAAAUACCACAAUAUAGACUUCCAUAUGAUGCUGUCAAUUUCGAAGUCGAUCUCGUUAGAGAUCUAGGAGUGAAGAUUGAAUUAGAAAGAUCGUUAUCUGAAGAUGAUUUGACGAUACAGACUCUUCAAGAUGCUGGAUAUAAAGCAAUCUUUUUAGGAAUCGGAUUACCGGAAUCGAAGAAUAUACCAAUCUUCGAAAAUCUUAUGCUGACAGAAAAGGAUCCCACGAAAAUAGGCUUUUUCACUUCGAAGAGUUUCCUGCCGGCUGUCGCAAAAGGUAGCAAACCAGGAAUGUGCGCUUGCAAACGUCAGGAACUUCCGUCUCUUUACGGCAACGUAAUCGUCCUUGGUGCAGGAGAUACCGCUUUCGAUUGCGCCACUUCUGCUCUUCGAUGUGGAGCCAAAAAGGUCUUUGUUGUCUUUCGGAAAGGUUUUACCAACGUACGAGCUGUUCCAGAAGAGAUGGAUUUGGCGAAGGAAGAGAAGUGCGAAUUUAUACCUUUUCAAUCACCAAAACAAGUUAUUCUUCGUAAUGGAAAAAUUUUCGCAAUCGAAUUUUGCAAAACCGAACAGAAUGAGAAAGGCGAAUGGAUUGAAGACGAAGAACAAAAGUUCGUUUUAAAAACAAACUUUGUGAUUUCCGCUUUUGGAUCAGGAUUAUAUAGUUCUACUGUGAAGAAUGCCAUGGCGCCAAUUAAGAUAAACAGUUGGAACUUACCGGAAGUUGAUGAGAACACGAUGAUGACCUCGGUACCAGGUGUGUUCUGCGGAGGAGAUCUUGCUGGUGUCGCUCAAACGACCGUGGAAUCCGUAAAUGACGGAAAGACAGCCGCAUGGUAUAUGCACAAAUACAUACAGGAAUCUUACGGCUUGACAGUGCCGGAAACUCCGCAAUUACCGAAGUUUCAUACCGCUAUCGAUGAUGUUGAUUUAAGUAUUGAAAUGUGUGGGCUAAAAUUCGAGAAUCCUUUCGGUCUGGCUUCUGCACCACCUUGCACCACCAGCGCGAUGAUACGACGUGCUUUCGAAGCUGGCUGGGCCUUUGCUGUCACGAAAACUUUCUCCUUGGAUAAGGAUCUCAUCACCAAUGUGUCGCCGCGUAUCAUCAAAGGCACAACGUCCCGUCAUCAUUAUGGACCCGAGCAGAGUAGCUUCUUGAAUAUUGAACUGAUAUCUGAGAAAACCGCCGAUUAUUGGUGCCGCAGUAUCACGGAAUUGAAGCAAGAUUUUCCUUCAAAAAUUGUCAUCGCGAGCAUUAUGUGCACGUAUAAUAAAGCUGAUUGGACAGAACUAGCAAAAAAAGCGGAAGCAGCUGGUUCUGACGGCUUAGAAUUAAAUUUAUCAUGUCCUCAUGGCAUGGGCGAGUCCGGUAUGGGUCUGGCCUGUGGACAGGAUCCCGAAUUAGUAAGAAACAUCUCCAGAUGGGUUCGCGAAGCCGUCAAGAUACCGUUCUUUGUAAAGUUGACACCCAAUAUCACCGAUAUUCUUUCUAUCGCUAAGGCAGCUUACGAAGGCAAAGCUGAUGGCGUCACCGCCAUUAAUACAGUAUCAGGAUUAAUGGGACUUUACGCUGAUGCGACUCCAUGGCCAGCAGUAGGUCUGAAUAAGUUAACGACGUACGGCGGAGUAUCAGGAAACGCUACUAGACCUCAAGCUCUGAGGAUCAUCUCGACGGUCUCAAAACAUCUUCCUGGUUUCCCAAUUCUCGGCGCCGGCGGCGUCGACUCAGCCGACGUCGCUCUGCAAUUCUUGCAUUGCGGUGCAUCGGUCAUCCAGAUUUGCAGUGCCAUUCAAAAUCAAGAUUUUACUCUAAUAGAUGACUAUGUGACUGGUUUAAAAGCAUUAUUAUACUUGAAGAGUCUGGAACAGGUAAAGGACUGGGAUGGUCAAAGCCCACCAACAUUUAAGCAUCAGAAAGGCAAGCCUAUUUCUCUACAACAUGCUCUUGGCAAAAAAGUACCGUAUUUUGGUGAAUAUCAAAAAUUGCGCGAACAAAAGAUAGCUGAGUUGAAAGUUCAUUCGAAUCUUUUGGAUAAAGUCGUGCCGGUAACGAGACCAGCUCCAAAACCUAUCGCACCAAUACCUACUAUUAAAGACAUAAUCGGCAAAGCAUUAAUACAUAUUGGCAACUACAGAGAUUUGGAUAACAAGAAGCAAGUAAUUGCUUUGAUCGAUGAUGAUCUGUGCAUAAAUUGCGGCAAAUGUUACAUGGCUUGCGCAGAUUCCGGAUACCAGGCAAUUACUUUCGAUCCUGACACGCACAUCCCCAAAGUAACGGAUGAUUGCACCGGAUGUACACUUUGUCUGUCCGUAUGUCCGAUUAUUGAUUGCAUCACUAUGGUUCCAAAAACAAUUCCGCAUGUAAUUAAAAGAGGCGUGCCGCUAAAAAAUGCAGUCGAAAUUUAUUAAACAGUUCAACAAUUAUUAUUAUCCAAUUAUGAUCCAAAGAUUUUUAUAUUAGCAUAAUUUGUUAAAAGUUCUUGACUAUUUAACUGUUAUCAUGUUAUAUCAGUUUUUAUUAAAAUUAAUA